UUCACAUUUUAGGAUUUUUAAAAAUCAAUACCAAUUUAUUUUUUGAAACGUCAACUUUGUUUUCCGUUACCAUGGCAACUCAUCAUGUUUUGUCAAUAAAAGUUAGAAGAAGCAAUUUGGAUAACUCUCUUGAUUCUGUUGCAUUUAGUUCAACUUAUCCAAUGGAAGACCAAGAUACGCCGCAAAUUAUUACACAUAUCGAACACAAUUUAGAUCAUUCUUUAUUCGACUGCAAAUGGGUACCGUGCUCUGCUAAAUUUGUGGUUAUCGGAUCACUACCUAAAGGCAGCGGAACUAUUGAGAUAUUUGAGAUAUCCUCAGGCGAAAUUAAAAACAUAAAGGUAAUAGAGCGACCAAAUUCAUUUAAAUGUGGAACCUUUGGCGCUAGCAGUGACGUUGAGCGAAGAUUGGCUACCGGCGAUUUUAAAGGAACUUUAGAAAUAUGGGAUUUAGAAAAAAGCAGUCAAGUUUAUAUAACAAAGGAACAUACAGACAUUAUAAAUUCAAUAGAUGGAAUGGGAGGUAGUACUGUCAAUUGUGGCGCUCCUGAGAUAGUGACCGGAAGUAGAGAUGGUACGGUUAAGGUUUGGGACCCCCGUCAGCGUGGCAAGCCGGUGGCGAACAUGCAGGCGGCGCGGGGCGAGACGCGGCGCGACUGCUGGUGCGUCUGCUUCGGCAACUCGUUCAAUGACGCAGAGCGUAUCGUGCUCGCCGGCUACGACAACGGUGAUCUCAAGAUGUUCGAUCUCAGAACUAUGUCCUUGAGAUGGGAGUGCAAUCUCAAGAAUGGGGUAUGUUCCGCAGAAUUUGAUCGUAAAGAUAUACCAAUGAACAAACUGGUUGCGACAACAUUGGAGGGAAAGUUUCACGUAUUUGAUCUCAGAACACAGAACCCCACUAAAGGAUUUGCCCAAGUGUUAGACAACUCCGCUCAAAGUGGAACAAUAUGGGUUGCGCGUCAUCUGCCGCAGAACCGAGAUAUAUUUGUGACAUGCGCUGGGAACGGUCAAGUUACACUUUGGAAAUAUGAGUACCCGGAGCAGCGAUGUCACGUGGACGGGUCGGGCGCGGCGUGCGGCGUGGCGGGGAAGCUGCGCCGGCUGCAGCGCAUGCUCAUCAGUACUCAGCCCGUCAACGCCUGGGAAUGGAACCGCGACCACGCCGGCCUCGCUCUCGCCACCGCCUACGACCAGCACCUCAGGGUAGUUGUCACCACCAAACUCAAUUUGCAAUGAACUCUACACUAAAUGUACAUUUCUUAUACUUAAGUUUCAAUAAGGGA